CCUGCCAUACUUGUGCCACACUUCCUCAACCGACAGAAUCACAGAGCGAAAAAAAAGGAGAGGAAGAAAAGAGUAACUUUCAUCGGGCUGUGGAGAAGAAGAGCCGCAGCUGAGUUUGUAGGACGAGGUUCUCCUGCUACUCGGCACCAUGGCUCCUUUCUUGAGGAUUGCCUUCAACUCGUUCGAUAUGGGCAUUCUGCCUCCUAUGACUGGCCAGCCUUUCUGUGCAAUCAAGAUGAAGGAAGCUCUGACUACAGAACGAGGUAAGACGCUCGUUCAGAGAAAGCCCACCAUGUACCCGGCCUGGAAAGCCAGCUUUGAUGCACACAUCUACGAGGGGCGUGUGCUUGAGAUACUGCUGAUGAAGACAGCGGAGGAGGCGCUAGCCGAGGUUACCGUCGGCGUCUCUGUUCUCGCCGAGCGCUGCAAGAAAGCCAAUGGACGAGCUGAGUUCUGGGUGGAUCUCCAUCCAUCAGGGAAAGUGAUGAUGGCAGUGCAGUAUUUUCUGGAGGAUGUGGAUACAGAGAGUAAGCACGCUGCGAAGGAGGAAGAAGCUCCUACACUGAACCGUAGACGAGGAGCCAUUAAGCAAGCGAAGAUCCACUUCAUAAAGAACCACGAGUUCAUCGCCACGUUCUUCAGACAGCCAACUUUCUGCUCUGUGUGCAGAGAAUUUGUCUGGGGACUCAACAAGCAAGGCUAUAAAUGCAGACAAUGCAAUGCAGCCAUCCAUAAGAAAUGCAUAGACAAAAUCAUAGGCAGAUGCACCGGAACUGCAGCCAACAGUCGGGAUACUGUGUUCCAAAAGGAGCGUUUUAAGAUCGACAUGCCCCACCGUUUCAAGAUCAACAACUACAUGAGCCCCACUUUCUGUGAUCACUGCGGGAGCUUGCUGUGGGGUCUGGUCAAGCAGGGCCUGAAGUGUGAAGACUGUGCCAUGAAUGUUCACCACAAGUGUCAGGACAAAGUGGCCAACCUUUGUGGGAUCAACCAGAAGCUUCUAGCUGAAGCAUUAACACAAGUUAGCCAGAAAUCAACUCGUCGCUCGGAUCCCAACCUGCCUGAUAUUGGUGAUAUUGGAAUAUAUGAUGAAGUAAACAAACUUGCUGGACUUGAGAUCAACGAUGGGUCUCCGUACGGUAAACUGUGGGAAGGAUCCGCCCAAAGACCCCAGUCUCGUCUUACCCACCUGACCCGCGUCAAUGUUGACAACUUCGUCUUCCACAAGGUGUUAGGAAAAGGCAGCUUUGGCAAGGUCCUCCUUGCAGAGCUGAAGGGCCGUGGAGAGUAUUUUGCCAUAAAGGCUCUGAAGAAGGACGUGGUGCUAAUGGAUGAUGAUGUGGAGUGCACAAUGGUAGAGAAGAGAGUCUUGGCUUUAGCCUGGGAAAACCCCUUCCUCACCCACCUCUACUGCACCUUCCAGACCAAGGAGCAUCUGUUCUUUGUGAUGGAGUAUCUGAAUGGAGGUGAUCUGAUGUUUCACAUCCAGGAAAAAGGACGCUUCGAUCUUAACAGAGCAACGUUCUACUCUGCUGAGAUCGUUUGUGGUCUUCAGUUCCUGCACUCCAAAGGAAUCAUCUACAGAGAUCUUAAAUUAGACAAUGUCAUGCUGGAUUACGAGGGCCACAUAAAGAUCGCUGACUUUGGUAUGUGCAAAGAGAACGUGUUCGGGGAGAAUCGGGCCACAACUUUCUGUGGUACCCCCGACUACAUUGCUCCAGAGAUCCUGCUGGGACAGAAGUACUCGUUCUCGGUCGACUGGUGGUCGUUUGGGGUGUUGCUGUACGAGAUGCUGAUCGGUCAGUCGCCUUUUCACGGCGACGAUGAGGAUGAGCUGUUUGAGUCCAUCCGCGUGGACACGCCUCACUAUCCUCGCUGGAUCAACAAGGAUGCCAAAGACUUGCUUGAACGGUUGUUUGAAAGAGACCCCUCAUGCAGGCUAGGAAUCGUGGGAUCGCUUCAGUCACACUCCUUCUUCAAGAGCAUUAACUGGCAGGCCCUGACGAGGAGAGAAGUUGAACCUCCCUUCAAACCCAAAGUGAAAGCUCCAAAUGACUGCAGCAACUUCGAUCGGGAGUUCCUCAAUGAGAAAGCGCGGCUUUCUUACAGCGACAAGAACUUCAUAGACUCCAUGGACCAGACUGCAUUUUCUGGCUUUUCGUUCAUAAACCCCAAAAUGGAGCACCUUCUAGAGAAGUGAUUGGUUUUUAGCACCAACCUGACUGAGGAGUUUCUCCUGUUGUUCAAGGGACAUUUCCCCUACUUUCAGACAAAUGAGGUGUUCCUCAAACAAAUCAGUAUUUAUGUAACUUUCAUUUCGGGUUUAAACUAUUCUCUGUUGGUACAUAUAGAAAAUAAUGCUUGUACUGUAUAUAUUGAUGUUAUUGUAUUUGUGUGCAUGCUUAUUAUUGGUUACGGCUGUGAAAGCCUGUAUGAGUAAUAAGAACACGGUGGGAGGCUGAAAAUACUUUGACUCCAUGUAACGUCAGUGCUACCAUCUGCAGCCUUUUUGUUUCCUUCAUCACAUGCAGCUGACUAUAACUGCAGAUGGUAAAUAAUGAAGGGAGGAAAAAGCUUCACGUGUAAACUGUACUGUUGUAGAUUAAUUGUGUAGGUCAGGUGAGUGCAUGUGUAUGACUCAGAACAAUAACAUGUCUGUUUUCAAACUGUAGAUCAAUAAUUAACAUUAUCUUUCAGAAACCUCUGGACUCUUGCUUUUGACUUAAGAUUCAGCCGUGGUUGUGUUGAUUGUUGAAGAUGAAAAGAUCAAAUUUAAACGCAAUCAGCCGCCCAUUGCUGUACAGAUCACUCCUGCCUAUAGACGGUGGUGAAUUUGGUAAAGUUAUGACUAAAGGGAGUUUAAUAAUUGCUAUCUGAAUGUAGCUAGGGAGCAGGACAUCACUGAAUUGCUGUAUAUAGAUAUUUUAGAUGUAUAUUGCUGUAUCAUGUAUAUUGGUUCGGUAAUGAUGUACUUUUUUUUUUUACUAUCUCUAUAUUUACAUCUGAUUUAAAAAGCAAAACAUCAGCUCCCAAGACUGCUUCUUUUUUUGUUUGUAAUAAUGAAGCUCUUAGGUUUAUGUACAUCUAAUCUAUGGUACAAAGCAUUCUUAUUAAAAAGAUUACAUGGGUUGGAUUAUGUUUGUUAUACAUGCUUCUACUUUAUAGUCUGAACACAUUAAUUUAAUUUUAUUUUGUAUUUUAAUCUUCAGUUUGUAUUUUUAACAUUCAUUUCAAGAUGAGAAAAUUAAAUUGUUCUCUAAAUGCAGCGCUCCUUCAGCUUUUCCACAUUUUAUCAUAUUAUAAUCACAAACCUCAGUGUAUUUUAUUAGGUUUUUAUGUGACAGACCGACACAAAGUAGACCAGAGCAGUAGUUAAUGAUCAUUUAAUUUUUACAAAUACAAGCUUGAACGUCGUGCCAUGUAAUUGUGUUUGAUUCUGAUUUAAUAUCAAAAUAAAAUCAAAUUAAUUCAAUAGUUCUUAAA